ACCAAAAUAUGGGUCUUUUUACCUACUUCAGCCUUUGUUUCCUUGGACUUCUGAUUGCCAAUCCUUUCUUGGAAGCUGAAGCUGACACCUGUGCCAGGGAAUGGCUGCAAAAUCAGGGUAACUGUUAUGCGUACUUUGAUCAUAAAUUGACCUGGCAAGAAGCUGAGAUUGAGUGCCAGAGCUAUGGCCGUGGAGCUCAUCUCACCUCUAUCCUCACCAAAGCCGAGACUCUUCUGGUGGCUGAGCAUAUCUCCACCUAUCAACAGGAAUUAAGCAAUGUCUGGAUUGGUCUUCAGGAUGUCCGCCAGACUGGAAAAUGGAGGUGGGCUGAUGAAUCAACUUAUAACUACAAAGCCUGGAUGAAAAGUCAGCCAGACAACUAUGGUAAUGCUGAGCACUGUGUGGAGCUGGGACUUUCUACAGGUUUUAAAGAGUGGAAUGAUUCCCCAUGCCAGAAACUCAAUGCCUACAUCUGCAAGCAUGAACUGUAGAGACAUCUGUACUCACUGCUUGUCAAGAUGCCAUUGGAUCGGAUGAUGAUAAACCAGGAUACUUUUGGAUGCCUCUUUUAUGCCAUUCAUUACCACCCUCCACCUUAUAGUAUGGAAGUCCAGCUCUCAUCUAUCUCUUUUCAGAACCCUUUUUCAGAAGAGAUGACUUGGAUCUUUCCUUCUUCUCAUGACUC